AUGCGGAGGAGCGACAGGCUCAAGGACCUGACGGACUUCUACUACGCCAUGGUGCCCACGGUCCCGCGCGGCGAGGGUGCCUUCCUGUUCCGCGGCAAGCGGGUGGAGAGCGGCCAGACGCCGGCGGACUACGAGAUGGAGGACGGGGACCGGGUCCACUUCUUCCUGGCGAUGAAGCCGAGCGCGUUCAUCGCCGUCACGCUGCAGGACCUCAAGGGCCACCGCUUCACCCGCACCAUGCGGAGGACCGACGCGGUGCGCGACGUGAUGGACUUCUACUACGCCAUGGUGCCCGCCGCCGGCGAGUCGCACUUCGUUGACUCGUACCGGGAAGCGUGCUGA